AUGAAGACUUCUAUCUCCAUUCUCACCCUUCUUUCAGCCUCGUUCGUGGCAGCAGCCCCAGCACCUUUUGUGGGCCAGGGACCUGUAGUCGCGGCUGGUACCGAGAACGUAGUCAUUCCUUCUACGAACUUCGGCCGCCGAGAGGAAGACGUUGUACAGAAGUUUGGAGAGAGAGCCCUCAAGCUCCGUGGUGCGCUCUUGGCUGCACGCGGCGGCAUGGGCAAGGAUAAUGGUAAUGCGGAUGCUGAGGUAGCCAACGCUGAGGGCGCUGCGGCUGCCGGUAACAACGACGCUCAGGAUCAGGCGGCACAGGAUGCUGCCGCUGCUGAAGAUGCCGCUCAGGGCAAGGGCAAGGGCAAGGGGAAGAACGCCGAAAAGCAGGCUGCCCAAGAAGCUGCAGCAGCUAAGGAGCAACAAGCUGCCGCCGAUGCUCAGGCACAGCAGGAUGCUGCGGCCGCUGGGAUGAUGAACCAGGGCCAAGCGCAGAAUGCAACUGAGCAGAUGGGAGCAGCAGACCAAGCUGCCGCCGAUCAGCAGGCAAAACAAGACGCUGCUCAACAGGAGGCUGCCGGAGGCAUGAACCAAGACCAAGCACAGAAUGCCCAUGACCAACAGGCAGCAGACCAAGCUGCCGCCGAUCAGCAGGCAAAACAAGACGCUGCUCAACAAGAGGCUGCCGGAGGCAUGAACCAAGACCAAGCACAGAACGCCCAUGAUCAACAGGCAGCGGAUCAAGCGGCGGCUGAUCAACAGGCACAGCAGGAUGCCGCGGCUGGGGGUAAAGACCAGGCACAGGACGGUGCUGCAGCCGAUCAAGCAGCGGCUGACCAAAAGGCUGCUCAGGAUGCUAAGCAAAACCAGAAUGGAAAACAGCAACAAGAUGCAAUGGACCAAGCCGCAGCUGAUCAGCAAGCCGCCCAGGAGCAAAAGGGUGCUAUGGGAGCAGAUCAAGCCGCGGCCGACCAGCAGGCUGCCCAGCAACAAGAGGGUGCGAUGGGAGCCGAUCAGGCAGCUCAGCAAGACCAGGCAAAGCAGCAGCAGCAAGAGCUAGAGCAAGCUGCCGCUGAGCAGGAGGCUGCCCAACAGAAAGCCGACCAGAAGCAAAAGGAAAAGGAUCAGGCUCAGUUGGAGGCAGACCAGGCGCAGAUGCAACAGGAUGCUGCGAAGGGCAAGGGCAAGGGCAAGGGCCAAGCUGCCGCUGACCAAGCUGCCGCCGACCAAGCUGCCGCCGACCAAGCUGCUCAAGCUGGAAAUGCGACCGGAGUAGUUGACGCUGGAGCCGCAGCCAACGGCACUGGCAACGCGAACAAUGGCAACAACAACAACAACAACAACGGCAAAGGCAAGGGUAAGGGAAAGGGAGAUGGUAAGGGCAAGGGCAAGGGCAAGAACAACGGCAACAACGGCAACAACGGUAUCGCACAGCUUCUCCAGGAGGCUGAAGCAGCUCUUCAGGCCGGCGGACAGCAGGGUGGAGCCGGUGGAGCUAGUGCAGCUGGUGGCAUCGAAGGUCUUCUCAGCAGCCUCCUUGGUGGUGGUGCCGGAGCUGGAGCCGGAGCUGGAGCUGGAGCUGCUGGAGCCGCUGCUGGUGCUGGCCAACAGAAGGCUGGUGGAAUCGCAGGCCUCGACUUGAGCAAGCUUGGCAUUGGACGCCGUGCCUUCCGUGCCUAG